GUAUAAUGUCCAAUUAACUUUUUGGUUCUUUUAGUGAAGUCCUUCACCCCUCUCAUUUAUAUAUACCUACAAACACACAAAUACACAUUACACACAUUUACUGAGAGCAGAGGAGAACAGAGCAGAGAGCAAUGGAGGUUGAGAAGACAGAGAAGAAGAUUACAGGGGAAGAGGAUGAUGAGUCUAAGAUCAUUUACAGAGGAUGGAAAGUCAUGCCCUUCAUCAUUGGAAACGAGACAUUUGAGAAGCUUGGAAUAGUUGGGAGCUCAUCAAAUCUGGUUAUAUACUUAACGACGGUUUUCAACAUGAAAAGCAUCACGGCGGCCACAGUCGUCAACAUCUAUUCUGGUACAAGCAACUUCGGCACCAUUGUCGCAGCUUUCCUCUGUGACUCUUACUUCGGCCGCUACAAAACCCUAUCUAUGGCCAUGAUCGCUUGCUUCCUCGGUUCAGUGGCAAUGGACCUAACAGCAGUGAUCACUCAGCUGCAUCCAUCUAAAUGCGCUAAGGAAAUAGGUAGCUUGUGCAAGGGGCCAUCCAUCGGACAGAUAAUGUUUCUCGCCGGAGCAAUGGUUUUGCUGGUGGUCGGAGCCGGUGGGAUAAGGCCUUGCAACCUCCCUUUUGGUGCUGAUCAGUUCGAUCCCAAGACUAAAGAAGGGAAACGAGGGAUUGAGAGUUUCUUUAAUUGGUAUUUCUUCACCUUCACGUUUGCUCAGAUGGUGUCGUUAACGCUCAUCGUCUACGUUCAGUCGAACGUGAGCUGGAGCAUUGGUUUAGCCAUCCCAGCUAUCUUAAUGUUUCUUGGUUGCAUCAUCUUCUUCGCUGGUUCUAAGCUCUAUGUCAAGGUUAAACCUAGCGGCAGUCCUAUUCACAGCAUAACACGAGUCAUCGUAGUUGCGAUCAAGAAAAGACGGUUAAAUAAUCUCGUUGGUUCGAUGUACAACCACAUUGCCAAGGACUUCAAGAACUCGAAACUGAUCCAUACGGAGCAGUUUAGGUUUCUUGACAAAGCGGCAAUCCAAACACCAGACGAUAAGCUGAACAUAGAUGGCUCACCGUCAGAUCCAUGGAAGCUCUGCAGUAUGCAGCAAGUGGAGGAAGUGAAAUGCGUGAUCCGGGUGCUUCCGGUUUGGCUCUCAGCCGCCUUGUUCUACGUAGCUUAUAUACAACAAACAACCUACACAAUCUUCCAGUCACUUCAAUCCGAUAGACACCUCGGUUCAAAAAGUUUCCAGAUCCCGCCGGCAACUUACACCGUCUUCUUAAUGCUUGGAAUGUCAAUAUUCAUACCCAUCUACGACCGCGUCCUCGUACCUUUCCUUAGAAAGUAUACAGGUAGAGACAGCGGUAUCACUCAGCUGCAAAGAGUUGGAGCAGGGAUGUUCCUAUGCAUCACAAGCAUGAUGGUGUCAGCCACCGUAGAACAACGCAGAAGAACGGUAGCUCUCACAAGACCGACACUAGGUUUUGCGCCGAGGAAAGGCGCAAUCUCUUCCAUGUCCGGUACGUGGCUGAUUCCUCAGCUAGUGCUGAUGGGUGUUGGGGACGCCCUGGCUGGAGUUGGUCAGAUGGAGUUUUACUACAAACAGUUUCCAGAGAACAUGAGGAGUUUCGCUGGUUCUUUGUAUUAUUGUGGGAUUGGGUUGGCUAGUUACCUCAGUAGCUUCUUGCUAUCAGCUGUGCAUGAGAUUACAGAGGGGUCUUUGGGUGGGAAUUGGCUUCCUGAAGAUCUAAACAAGGGGAGACUUGAGUAUUUCUACUACUUUGUUGCUGGUCUGAUGACUAUAAACUUUGCAUAUUUCUUAUUAGUCUCACAUUGGUACCGUUACAAAGAUGUUGUGGCCAAGGACAAUGACAUAGAUAAGGUUUCAGUGUAAUAAAAGAUCUGUACUGUUUUACCUCUUUUGGGUUUAGGAA